AUGGGACCGUCAAGGGACGACACCAAACGCCGGGCAGACCGGCAGCUGAGCGCAAGUAUGAGACCUACCUCAGACAGCCGUCCGCUUUCAGAUCGUGUCCCAGCUCGAUUCAGAGAUGGGGAUGAUGCCCAAAUCGACUUCACAGCCCCACCCCAGGGUAUUGGUUCGCGGGACGGCAACGUGCAUUAUAUGCAGCAGUCACUUUUCUCAAUGAUUGCGGCGGUGGGAUCCAAAUCAGACUUCCAUGCUCGUUUCGAAGAGUCAAGCGACAGUGAUGGCGAGCCGGAGAUUCCUUCGCAGACGCAUUCAAGGGACGAGAAACCAUACUCUGCGACGCCAAAACCUCAGCAAGAUCCACGUGUGCCUAUGCAGAAGCCAGGAACAAAAUAUUUGGAGGAUGCGGAAAGAGGACGUCGUCACCAAAGGGCAAGAUCAGAUAACAAGCUCUCGCACACGGUAUCACAGCUGGGUCCGCAUUUCGAAGCGAAAGAGUCAUCAAGUUCAGGCGGACCGCUUCUUACCCUACCUUUGCGGCGAGCCCGAAGUGCAACACCACGAGCAGCUCCUGUUUUAAGUCGUAUGGUCGAGGCGCAGACAGUAUUUGACUCCGCCACAACACCCCGCUCGCCAUCAAAUCCACGCCCUAUCCCAGCAGAUCAGCCUCACCCUUCUGCAUCCGCUUUAUCUACGCGGCUAAUGGAGAUGUUUGGAUUUGAGAAACCGGAAAAGGUCUUGGUUGAGUAUGCCUGCUCGCUUCUUCAGAGCAUGCUUCUCCAAGGAUACCUUUACGUGACCGAAGGCCAUAUCUGCUUCUAUGCCUACCUUCCGAAGAAGUCCAACGUUGCGAUCAAAUCGGGGUACUUAUCCAAGUCCGGUCGCAAGAACCCUAGAUAUGACCGUUAUUGGUUCGCGCUGAAAGGUGAUGUCCUUUCGUACUACGACGAUCCUUCGAAAUUAUAUUUCCCAAGUGGCCAUGUAGAUCUUCGAUAUGGAAUCUCUGCGUCACUUGCUGAGCGCAAAGACAGCGAGGUCAAGGAAUUUCAAGUCACUACCGACCAGAGAACCUAUUACUUCAAAGCCGAAAGUGCGACCAGUGCGAAGGAAUGGGUCAAGGCUCUCCAAAAGGUCAUUUUUCGAACCCAUAAUGAUGGCGAAAGCAUCAAGGUGUCAUUUCCUAUCGCAAAUAUCAUUGACUUGGAAGAGAGUCCGAUGGCCGAUCUCGCCGAAACAUUCAAGAUUCGAGUUCUAGACAGUGGGGAAUCUUAUGCGAUUGACGAAUACUUUUUCUCUUUCUUCGAGUCGGGACAAGACGCAUUCCGCUAUAUCAAAGGAUUGGUGACUGCGUCAUCGAUCAACAACCCCAAAGAAGAAGGCUUAGGCUUGCGAGGUUCUCCAGAUAUGGACGAUGCACGUGAAUCAAGUCGGAUCGCCCACAAAAGACUGUCAGUCAGCAGUGUUCGUGCUCCAGAUCAAAGGAAGGAUGAUUCACUGCCAAAGCGAAGCUCUAGUGCUGGGAAUGAAAUCCAAGACUCGGCUGAUUCGUUCGCCGAACCUGGGACUGGAUCAUCACCAAUCGUCCAGUCGAUGACAGAAACCACCGAAUCCGCCAGCCAAAUAUUGAACCGCAGCGAUGUUUUCCAAUCACCUACUAUGCGUAACCUUCAGAGGCGGUCACCCGAUGCGCGAGAGACCGUUCAACGUUCUUCUGAUGAUACGACCCCUUCCGCCUCGACGCGCUUGGACCUGGACGGAGUUGGAAACCGCACACGACCUAAUAAUCCAGCGACUGCAGGCUAUGACACCGACCAGGUUAAUCAAAUGCAGACAUCGGCACCCAGUUCAACUGGCCAUCUGAAUGAGCUCGCUAAGGCAGGCGCUUACCCUCUUCAACGCGCUGCUGGCUUGGCAGGAUACUUGAAAAGCCGAUCAAGGCAAAUGAGCAGUUUGCUGGCAACCGAGUCCAUGGGAUAUAUAGAAAAAGUCUCUGGUAUGUGGACUGGAAGCCAAAAGCAUUAUGGAGAGCGGGAAGGGCCAUUGCUUGAGGAUCAAAAUGUUGAUCCCGAUGAUAAGGAAGGUGACUUCAACUACGGGGAUCGCUUCCGUGCUCACUUUGCCCUUCCGCCAACCGAACGGCUGCAGGCGACGUAUUUCGCCUACCUGCACCGUGUUCUCCCACUCUAUGGUAAGAUCUAUAUAAGUCAGAGGAAGCUAUGUUUCCGCAGCUUGCUUCCUGGGACCCGAACCAAGAUGAUCUUGCCUUUCAAAGACAUCGAGAAUGCCGAGAAGGAGAAAGGGUUCCGUUUUGGCUACCAUGGUCUCGUUGUCAUCAUUCGAGGUCAUGAAGAGCUGUUCUUCGAAUUUCGUGAGACAGGCUCUCGAGAUGACUGUGCGGUAACCCUGCAUCAGAACUUGGAGUCUGUGAAAUAUCUUGUCGAAUCUGGCUUGCUAGCCGAGGAAGAGCGAGAAGAGGUUGAAGCUGCCAAGGCCGAGCACCGCAUGCUUGAGGAAGCGAGAUUGGACCAUCCCGAGGAUACUGAUACUCGCCAGUCCCUCACUGAGGACUCAUCAGAAAUCCAUCCUUUCUUUGAUGACCCUCGUGCUUCUAUCAUCAAUUUCAAGCCAGCUGGGCCUCUCAGGAUCACCUGUUUGACGAUCGGCUCUCGGGGUGAUGUUCAGCCAUACAUUGCGCUUUGCAAAGGACUGCUCGCAGAAGGCCACAAACCCAAGAUUGCUACUCAUGCCGAGUUCGGGCCUUGGAUCAGGAAACACGGCAUUGACUUUGCUCCGGUUGACGGUGAUCCCGCAGAGCUGAUGCGCAUCUGCGUGGAGAAUGGGAUGUUCACAGUUUCCUUCCUCAGAGAGGCCUCAUUGAAGUUCAGAGGAUGGAUCGAUGACCUGCUGUCAUCGGCCUGGAGGAGUUGCCAAGACAGUGACCUUCUGAUCGAGUCCCCGAGUGCCAUGGCUGGAAUCCACAUUGCAGAGGCAUUACGAAUCCCUUAUUUCCGCGGUUUCACUAUGCCAUGGACGAGAACACGCGCCUAUCCGCAUGCCUUCGCGGUGCCGGAGAAUCGAAUGGGCGGAGCGUACAAUUACAUCACGUACGUCAUGUUCGACACGGUUUUCUGGAAAGCCAUCGCAGGCCAGGUCAACCGCUGGCGGGCCAAGGAGCUAGGAUUGAAGGCUACCACCCUGGACAAGAUGCAGCCGAACAAAGUUCCCUUCUUGUAUAAUUACUCACCUUCUGUCGUGCCUCCACCACUUGACUACCCAGAUUGGAUCCGUAUCACCGGAUACUGGUUCUUAAACGAGGGCUCGGAUUGGUCUCCGUCUGCCGAGCUAUCGGACUUCAUCAAACGUGCCAGAGCAGACGGUAAGAAGAUCGUGUAUAUUGGAUUCGGAUCCAUCGUUGUUUCGGACCCUGCUGCCCUGACACGGACUGUUGUUGAAUCAGUCCUCAAAGCCGAUGUUCGUUGCAUCCUUUCCAAAGGCUGGUCCGAUAGGCUGGGUGACCCAGCCAGCACCCGAACCGAGAUCCCUCUUCCUCCGGAGAUCCACCAAAUCCAGUCUGCUCCGCACGACUGGCUAUUCUCUCAGAUUGAUGCUGCAGCACAUCACGGUGGGGCCGGAACCACUGGCGCCAGUCUUAGGGCUGGUGUCCCCACCAUCAUCAAGCCAUUCUUCGGGGACCAGUUCUUCUUUGGUGGUCGCGUGGAGGACCUUGGUGUUGGCAUUUGCAUGAAGAAACUGAAUGUCAGUGUCUUCUCGCGUGCUCUGUGGGAGGCCACACACAGCGAACGCAUGAUUGUCAAGGCACGCAAUCUAGGUAUCCAGAUUCGUAAUGAGGACGGCGUGGCCACUGCAAUUCAGGCCUUGUAUCGCGACCUUGAAUACGCCAAGACAUUGGUGCGACAAAGAUCGAGGGCCUCAUCCACCCCCUUCUCUCCUACCCCCUCGGCCAAGGAUUCCCCCGAUGGAGGCGAGGAUGACCUCGACGACAUCGAAGAGUGGACCUUCGUCGGCGACGAGGGGGGUAUUGAUAUUACCAAGCGGAUGCGUGAUCGAGCUGCUUCAGACGCCGAUAACAUGACAUCCGGAUGUUCUAAUGAUUUCUUUUGA